UAGAAGUAGUGCCUCAGUUUCAAUUAUGAAGAGGAGUAAGGUCAUCGUACACUUGGCAGCAUGAGUGGCCGCCAGCAGCAGCUGGUGCUCAAGGUCACGGGAGUGCAAGCUACAUUAGGGUUUGUUAGCUGUGAGGCACAUAAAGCACACGUCACUAUCACCACCCUUGGCUUGACACACUCCCACAACACCAACAACAAGCAUCCUGGCGUGUGUGUGUGUUACAGCGCCUUCUUGUCCCCACACGACUUUCAUUGCUACAAGAUUUAUUUGUCAUUCCAGGGCAGCAGCAGAGAGGCAAACAGCGUGAAGGAAGGCCAGCAAGACAGAAGCUGGCAGCCUAUAGGAAGGCCAGAAAAACAGGCAGCAACCCUCAGCCAUGGUAACGUCACAGCAACACACGCCCCACAUCUCACCAUGGCAUCCAACCCACAUCACCACAUGGAGGAACUUCUUGAGGCAAUUAAACACCAACCAACAGCGGAGCUGGUCACUGCUGUAUGGGAAGGAGACGAAGCAAGGGUGAGGUCAGCACUUGACAGGGGUGCGGGGCCGGAGGUCACCGUCCCCAGUAAUGAUGGGGUGUCAUGCAGUCUGCUGACUCUGGCUGCCAGCGAGGGCCACGACCACCUGCUGUCUCACUUACUGCAGGCGGGGUUAAGCAUAGAAGGUGGAGGCACCACUGACAGGACACCGCUGAUGAUGGCUGCCCAGAAUGGCCACGCCCAUACAGUGAAGGCGCUGCUGGACCUCCGUGGUAACCCUCUGGCCAGGGAUAGUGGAGGAAGGACAGCCCUAUACUUUGCUGCAUGGCAGGGCCACCAGCAGUGUGUGGCGGCCCUCUUGUCCGUCACCCCUCCCGUUCCCGCACACCUCGAGGCAAACACCCCGGUGCACGCCGCCAGUUAUCGUGGCCACAUGGAGGUACUGGAGCAACUGGCAGGUGCUGGCUGGCCCCUCACCGUCAGGGAGAGUCAUGGCAAUACACCCAUGCACCUCGCUGUUGCCGGGGGUAGCGUGAGAUGUGUGCAAUGGCUGGUGCAGCGAGGGGGUGACACGAGCAAGCAAAAUAAUGCUGGACACACGCCGCUUGACCAGGAGCUGGUCACUGCUGUAAGGAAAGGAGACGAGGCAGGGGUGAGGUCAGCACUUGACAGGGGUGCGCGGCCCGAGGUCACCGUCCCCACUAAUGCUGGGAUGUCAUGCAGUCUACUGACUCUGGCUGCCAGGGAGGGCCACGAGCACCUGCUGUCCCACUUACUGCAGGCGGGGUUAAGCAUAGAAGGUGGAGGCACCACUGACAGGACACCGCUGAUGAUGGCUGCCCAGAAUGGCCACGCCCAUACAGUGAAGGCGCUGCUGGACCUCCGUGGUAACCCUCUGGCCAUGGAUAGUAGAGGAAGGACAGCCCUACACUUUGCUGCAUGGCAGGGCCACCAGCAGUGUGUGGCGGUCCUCUUGCCCAUCACCCCUCCCACUCCCGCACACCUCGAGGCAAACACCCCGGUGCACGCCGCCAGUUAUCGUGGCCACGUGGAGGUACUGGAGCAACUGGCAGGUGCUGGCUGGCCCCUCAACGCCAGGGACAGUCAUAGCAAUACACCCAUGCACCUUGCUGUUGCCGGGGGUAGCGUGAGAUGUGUGCAAUGGCUGGUGCAGCGAGGGGGUGACACGAGCAAGCAAAAUAAUGCUGGACACACGCCGCUUGACCAGGAGCUGGUCACUGCUGUAAGGGAAGGAGACGAGGCAGGGGUGAGGUCAGCACUUGACAGGGGUGCCCAGCUCGAGGUCACUGUCCCCACUAAUGCUGGGGGAUCAUGGAAUUUGGUGACUCUGGCUGCCAGCGAGGGCCACGAGCACCUGCUGUCCCACUUACUGCUGGCGGGGUUAAGCGUAGAAGGUGGAGGCACCACUGACAGGACACCGCUGAUGAUGGCUGCCUUGCAUGGCCACGCCCAUACAGUGAAGUCGCUGCUGGACCUCCGUGGUAACCCUCUGGCCAUGGAUAAUGACGGAAGGACAGCCCUACACUUUGCUGCAUGGCAGGGCCACCAGCAGUGUGUGGCGGCCCUCUUGCCCGUCACCCCUCCCACUCCCGCAUACCUCGAGGCAUACACCCCGGUGCACGCCGCCAGUUAUCGUGGCCACGUGGAGGUACUGGAGCAGCUGGCAGGUGCUGGCUGGUCCCUCAACGCCUGGGACAGUGAUGGCGACACACCCAUGCACCUCGCUGUUGCCGGGGGUAGCGUGACAUGUGUGCAGUGGCUGGUGCAGCGAGGAGGUGACACGAGCAUGCAGAAUAAUGCUGGACACACCCCACUUGACCAGGAGCUGGUCACUGCUGUACAGGAAGGAGACGAGGCAGGGGUGAGGUCAGCACUUGACAGGGGUGCGCGGCCCGAGGUCACUGUCCCCACUAAUGAUGGGGUGUCAUGCAGUCUGCUGACUCUGGCUGCCAGGGAGGGCCACGACCACCUGCUGUCCCACUUACUGCAGGCGGGGUUAAGCAUAGAAGAUGGAGGCACUACUGACAGCACACCGCUGAUGAUGGCUGCCCAGAAUGGCCACGCCCAUACAGUGAAGGCGCUGCUGGACCUCCGUGGUAACCCUCUGGCCACGGAUAGAAGAGGAAGGACAGCCCUACAUUUUGCUGCAUGGCAGGGCCACCAGCAGUGUGUGGCGGUCCUCUUGCCUGUCACCCCUCCCACUCCCGCACUCCUCGAGGCAGACACCCCGGUGCACGCCGCCAGUCAUCGUGGCCACGUGGAGGUACUGGAGCAGCUGGCAGAUGCUGGCUGGCCCCUCACCAAUAGGGACAGUAAUGGCGACACACCCAUGCACCUUGCUGUGUCGGGGGGAUGUGUAGCAGCUGUGCAGUGGCUGGUGCAGAGAGGUUGUGACCCACACGUGCAAACGAAGGAUGGACUCACCCCGGAAGAGUUGGCCGUGCAGUGUGGACGCCACGAGGUGGAGACCUGGCUGGUUAAAAAUUGCAGCGGUGUUGUGAGGAGUAAGACUCUGCGUGUGGAGGAAGUGAGGGCGUGGCGGGGCAAGCAUGAACACCUACACAACACAGUCUUGUCCAUGCUGGUGGAGGGCAACGAGGCAGCCAUGGGCAGCAUCCCCGAGGUUAAUGAUGGUCAUACGCUGAGCCAGGAUGGCCUGACGCCUCUCCACGCCGCGGCGCUGUGCGGGGCUCCCAGUGAUGCUGUGGAGGCUUUGCUGCGACGCGGCGUGAGCCCUCAUGUGACCACCCCUGACAAUAUGACCCCCGCUGACCUGGCACGGCAGCAAGGCCAUGACUCAGUGAUUAAGGGACUACAGCGCCACCACUGUGCACAGAGCUACAAGCUUCCUGAAGAACUGCACGAGGAGCUGCUCUCAACAGUCAGUCGCCAGGACGACGUACAGGCAGUGUCCACCCUCCUGUGUAAGGGCGCGCCCAUAGAGCCUCUGGGUGGUCUUUCUGUCCUCAGACUGGCUGUCACCACCGACCGCAUACACACCGUCAGCCUGCUGCUGGCUAGCGGUGCACCGCUGCCUCCCAGCUUGCUGCAGGAAGCUUGGCAGAGCCCUGACGUGACUUACAGGGUGCUGGCCUUCCUCACCACCGCCUACUGCUGCCGACUACGUGCAGAGCAGCGUCGCCUAGAAAAGGUCAGCAGCGCCCUUGUCGAGGGCAUCGACAAUCUAGUGACAACCAUCGAGGGAAAUACUCCCUGGCAGGCAGCCUGGCGAUGGGGAAAGGAGACUGACCGGCCAGCACUGAGCGACCUCCUGGCAAAGGCAGCGGCUGCCAACUGCCCCGUGACUGCCGCCUUCCUGCAUAGGGCAGGAGGGUGGACAGUCUUUAAUGGAGCCUCUGGUGGCACUGCCCUCCACGCUGCCCUGGAGGCUGGCCACAAAGGCAUGGCCGAGCUGCUGAUCAGGGCCCUUGGGGGCUGCCCGUACGUGCCAGACACACAUAGUCGCCUUCCAGUGCACAUGAUACCUCACGAGGAGCAACAGAGGCUGGAGCAGAAGCUCUUUAUGGCGGAGCGUGAAAAACUGGAGAAUAUGGAGCUUCGCUUGAAGGCAGAUCACGAGAAGACCGCAGCACGGACAGCGCUGUUUAUACAGGAGGAUCUUUUUGAGAGCUACAAGAAGGGCGAGGGCAAGAAUGCCUCCUCACCUGAUGGCCGCGCCGCCCUGCUGCUGGCCUCGCGCAAAGGUCUCCUGCAGCUUACUCAUCUUAUACUGCAAGAGGGUCACUUCCCCGUGGACGAGGUGCUGGACCACACCUGCGGCACCACCGCCCUCCACCAGGCAACCUCGCACGGCCAGGACGGCUGCGUGGCGCUGCUGCUGAGCCACGGCGCCAACCCACAGCAGCGUGACACGUAUGGCCAGACACCCCGCCACCUGGCCGCCAUGUUUGGCCACAAAAGUACUUUUGAACUCUUGGCACAUCAAGAGACGCAGGAUCCUCCUUGCCGCGCAGGCACCACGGCCACACAGGUGAGAGAAAAUUUUAAAGUGUUUCACAAUAUGUAUUAUAAAUAUAAGCGUAAUCUAUUAGGUACAGACGACCGCCAUAACCCUGAAAGUGUGAUAAGAAAUCUUGUGAGAUCCAAAGGCCUGCAAGAGCUGCAGGAGGAGGCUCAGCGGGUGGCUGUGGAUCUAUCAAAGGGCGAGGCCCUUGAGGUAAAGGAGGCGGUCAUGUCAGAAAUAAGCAUCAUCAUGAAUAAGGUGUCAGACGCUGAUGCCACAUACCACGGUGACCUGAGGUUGGCGGGCAGUUCACGGGACGGGUCUAAGCUUUACGUCCCUGACGAAUUUGAUAUAAACCUCGUGAUUCACAAGGAUGACGUAGGAAUAACUGUUAGCGAGAGAGGGAAGGAGGAAGCCCCGCUGAAGGGCAGGUUACAGAUUUCUGUGAAGACUGACAAUCCCCACCUUGAGGGUAAUAGAUUUAUGGCCAGUUUGUACGAGGAGGUGCACCGGUGCCUUGCUGGCCACACCCUGCAGGACAAAAGACUGAGCCUGGUGCCGCCGGGCCUGACCAGCACGCAAGUGGGCGUGGGGCUCUCUCUGGCCUGGCAGGGGCGAGAGUAUCCACUGUUGCUGGUCAGCGUGGACCUGGUGCCAGUGCUUGAGGUGCCAUGGCUGGAGCAAGUUUCCAGACCCUUCCUCACUCCUGAGGACACCACCACCAUGCAGCUCAGUAAUGCUGCUGAUGGAACAUGGCGCUGCAGCUUUGCCUUGACAGAGGCUGAGGUGCUGGGGACGUUGACACCCGCAGAGCGCCAGGUGCAGCUGAUGGGAAAAGUACUUCUUUCCCGCCUCAAGCCCGAGCGCUGGAUGCCUCGGCACAAAAAGAGCUUUUUCAAAUGGUUCGCCACACGGGAGUGGAACAUCGCGGUGCCAAGCGGGUUCUGUUUCAAGAACGCCCUCCUGCUGUGGCUGGAGCACAGGCGGAGGAGGGAGGUAAAGCUUGGGGCUGGGCAGGAGCAGGACCACACCAAGGAGUUGGAGCCGGGGCAGGAGGGGGACCCCGCCAGAUGGCUGGUGGAGGUGUUCAGAUUGAUGUGUGCGAACCCAGAAGAGUCACGAGAGCACCUGACAACUCAAAACAACUCCGCCUACUUUGGAGGAGACUGUGAGGGGCGGAAGCCUGGGGACGGGGCGCCCGUCAUCGUGCAGUGCCUGGAGGAGGGUUUGGAAAAGUUGUGCUCUGGCUCAGCUUCUGCCAAGACAAUCAGGCGGCGGCGACGAAAGUAUUACAUGUAGAAGAUGCAGACCCUUGUAAUCAUUAGCUGUGAGCUGCGCCACGCGUCGUAAGAUCUACCCCCACCCCCCCCACACACACACACAGGAACACAAGUGCUUGGUUCUUGAUUUUCAGAUUCAAUAGUUUAUAAUAUAGCCAAUUAGUUGUGGAACUAAUAUAAAUAAAAAAUAUAGAUUUUCAUGGAGCGAGCUGGUGAGAGAAGAUACUUUCUUAAUAGGCUCUCUCAUCUGUGUACACUUGUUGGCCCCUGUAAUACUGCAGGUUCAGUAAUGUGAUAGUGCAAGCUGAGGUAAAUGCCACCUUUGGCCAUUAAAUACAACAGUAUAAGAUAAUAGUCAACUUGCAUGUUGUAUGAUGAAACAGGCUCUAAAUAUAUCUCUCAAUUCAUGGAUGAUAGGCCUAUAAGUUUUUGAUAUUCAUUUGCAAACGGCAGUGCCAUUAGGACAUGAAAUAUUUAGUACAGGUUUAUUAAGACAAUGUCUGGUCUGGGUGUAAAUAAAGCACUUCGGCUUGACAAGAUGAUGACAAAUUAGUUAUCAAAUCAAGAUGGAAUGUCACAUUUGUAGCACCAAGUACCAAAUGCAGAUGGUAAUUGGUUAAAACAAACUGUUAAGUUAAGGAAUUGUGCUAUUGAUAGGCAGAGAUUGUCUGAAGAAACUUAUAACAGGCCAACAUGUCUUAAUUAAGGAAUGAUAACAAUGGAAGGAAAAUUACAGAAGUAUUUAUCUGUUCUCCUUAAACAACACUCACGUGCCGUAAGUGUGUUCAAGUGUGCAAAUCAUCAGCUGCCCAUUGUAAGUGGUAGUGAAGGAAUGCAAGUGUACAAAAGUGGAUCUGUUCUUUAUGUGAUCUUAAUGAUGCAGGAGAUGAAACUCACUCUUCAUUCAAAUAGCCUUUUUUUUUUUUUUUAUAAAUAGCAGAAAAAAUACGUCAACAAAUAUUGCUUCACUAAUGUAAAUGCAACAAAAAUAGGGGAAUUCCUUGGAGCGAGAAACGUGACUGUCUUGUUAAAUACUGUUAAGUUCAUCAAAGAAAUAACUUGUUAUUUUAAAGAAAACUUAUAAGAAGUAGUUGUUACCAGAUAAGUGACGUCUGUAUUUGGUGUGUGCAGUAUAACAGUUUGUACUCUCAUACCCCGCUUGGGGAAGCUUUCAAACCUUUCAAGCACACUACUUAUAUUUACAAACUUAUAUAUGUAAAUAAACCAUUGCCUUGUAUUUUUCCAUCAACACAAAAACUAUUCCUCUCUGUAUUAUGAAAAGUGUUCUGUAAGUAAAUCAAACACAAAAA